UGUAGUGCUCUAUGUACUUGCAUGUACAUGGGGGCUUUUUGUGCACAUCUUGCUUGACGUCGUUGAAAUCUUUUCUCCGACGCCAUGUUGUGAAAUAUAGACGGAUGGAUACUGUCCGUGUUUCGUUCGUCCCCGUCUCGGCGGAUUUUCUGGUAGAAAUUAUUUAAGGUGUGAAAAAAUAUAGAAUACCAACCAUGCCGUAGGCAAUUAGUCUUCCCUUGUGUGUUUGUGUAUGUGUGUGCCUAAACCAUGCCAGCUAUCGACAGUGACAAGAAAUGGCUGUUGGGCCUUCAGGGAAUGGGGGCAGGGGUGUUGUGCAUGCCCCCUCCCACGCGCUCCCUACCCAGCAGCCCUCCCAGGAUUCAGGAGUUUGACAAGAUGAGCCUGUCCGCAAUGCUCGGAGAGUUCCACAAAGAGGAAAUAAACGGAGAUCUGUUCUCGUCAUCGGCGCUACCAACAGAUCCCGUUCCUUGCCUGAGGGCCAUGGGCGAGACCAUCGAGAUGACCAAUGAUAUACUGGACCUGACCAAGCCGCUGCCAUGGGAUCGGCUCAAACGAGGAGCGUCCACCAUGAGCUUGGACAGUCUGAACGAGAACUACAUGGAGUCUGUCCCUGGUGAGACGGCCACCCUGGACGAUCAGGAUAAGACGCCGGUUGCAACAUGCACCUGCGGCAAGACGACAAAUUUUGAAUGCUGGUUGCAUCGCCUACCCUUCGGGGAGGCCGGCGAGUUGACCGAUGAGAUUACCCAAACGUGUCUGCAGCUUGUGAGAGAGUUGCGCUCUGAGCCGUCUGGAUGCGACAAGCGGACAACUGAUCAAAGUAAACUCUGCGGAGCUCUGGACCAACCGACUUCCUACAACUCUUUGUCGCCCUCUAUCAACCAUCUUGCGGGUUGUCGGGAUACCCCUUGUAGCUGGAAGAGAGAUAGAGUUUACAGUGACGACCUGAGCGUAGACGCAGACACCCCGAGUUCAGGAAGUCUUGCUUCUGUGCCAUCCAUACAGAGAUCAGAUAUCGCCUCCAGUCCGGAGAGCUAUGAGCUGCUCUACAAGAGCUUUGAAGUUGCCACCCAGAUGGAGAGAUUCCAGCUGGAGAGGGGACAGAGCGAAGGAAGCUCGAUAGGUUCAUCCUUAGAGAGCCUGAACCGAACCUCGCCAAAACUCCAGAAGGUGCUGAGCCAGAAACGGCGCAGCAGCCCUGACGGGUCGGGGGAGAGCCCCGCGGACAUUACCGGCUUCGAUAUGACCUGCGUCCCUGGUGAUGACAUCCCAUCACUAAAGUACCACCAGGAAGCCUUGCCUUGGAAUGAAUACUCGGAGAACUAUAAACCAGAAGAUUCGCAUUCAGGUGAAGAUGCCGCCCAGAAAGUGACAUUUGCUCUUCUCGCCAAGAAGAAAAAGAAAAGUGAAGUGGCAGUCCAUCACUCCCUCCCAACUGAGGUUACCCACUGGACGGAGUUAGUAUCGGGUACGCCCAAAAGAGAGGAGCCAAACGAGGACUGCAGCUCUUCCCGAGUGGAUUCUCACACAGCAGCUGAUGUCCCCAAAUCCCUCAAAAGACCGCAAUCUCUUCCGAUACAGCUGAGGCACAUACAGAAGCCGUCAAGCAGGCCACAGCAAACGCCUGAGCAGACUCAGGGGGUGGUGGGGGCAGCGUCGGUGGCCGGGAUGAAGGGAGUGACGAGGACGCUGAGCGCUCCAGAGGGAUUUGGUUUCCCAAGAUCAGCUGGUUCUGGUCAGGAAUCUUCCUCAACCAAACCUGGAUCUUGGCUUCUUCCGUCAGCGUCCCAAAGCACGACAGGGAUCUCUCAGUUGACUCGGAAGCGUCAGUACCAAUCCCUUCGCCUCCAAACUCCUCAACGAGACCCCACCAGAGAUCAGGAAGGUAGCUCUGGCCCUAAGAUAGCUGCCGGCAGCCCACUGAUCAAUGGAAACAUACACUGUAUAGAUGGUGGUCUUGGAUCGGGAGAUAUGGCUUAUCCAUACGGCGGUCAAGGAGAUUUGCCAAGGAGACUUCGGGUACCCGUCUUGGCGAUGGACAUUAACGCCAACUUCACAGAGCCCCAGGAGCCUGACACCUUCAUCCCUGAGCAUCACCAUUUCAUUCCCCAAGACGCAACCACCACCGAGGCGCAAAGCCUACAGCGGGAAAGUCCCAUCAAUGGACAUUUCAGAUUCUUGAACUCCUCCUUCCUGGACAGGUUGCAUUUUCAAUCUGACGUCGGGGCACAAUCCAGCUCGGACUGGGUUCCAGGACCGAGAACCACCUGGUCGGAUGUGGACCGACGUCGCUCGGUCCUGCAGCCCCCGAGAACUCUUGACCUCAUCCAAAGAAGCGACUAUGAUACACAACCCGAGAGGUCCCCUGAAUUGCAGACCUGCACCAGGGGUUGCAGUACUGACAGUCCCCCUGCGAUUGAUUCAAGUAGCUUCCUGAAAGACUUUCUGAGGAACGAGGUAGAUUCUGUGGCAGAAGAGAAACCACCAAAAGAAUGCAGAGAUGUCGGAGUGAGUACUGAUAAUGUGUUAAGCGGAUUUGUUUUGCAGGGAGAUCAGUGUCAAUGUGCCAAAAUUCAAAACUGUGCUUCUGAUGUGGUUGACACAGGACGAUCUAAGUCGAUCGAGAUAGAAAACAAAAACAAUAAAGCUAACAAAUCAAAGGUGUCUGGUCAGGAUAAGAAGAGUGAAGUUACAAGUGAUACAAAAGUUCCUUAUGAAAAGUGCAAAAGCAAAGACCAGCUGAGACCAAAUUCCAGUAAAAGACCACCGGGUGUUAAAAAUACCAAAACAAUAAAGAAAGAUGUACCGAAAGCAGUAAAAGAAAGUAACACUUUGUCAGAAUUGUGCGAAGAGAGGAGCAUUCAGUCGUGGCGGAUCGGCGGUAAAGGUAGAUGCGGCAGCCGUACCACUGUCACUUGCGAAGAGUCUCGCCUAGCCGACGCCCUGACCAGCAGGGUGGUCAAGAUCAAGAACGUGGGCGCCUCGACACUAUCGGCGUCCUCAGACAAGAGGUACAUCCGGCAUCAACCCCUGAAACCAAUCAAGCAGGUGGACGCCGAGUACCGCCAGAGAAAAGUGCUGCAGAAACUGUACAGCAAUGACGGUCUGGUCCCGGCCCCUCUGCCUCCCACUGUGACCGCCUGGCCAGGGCUGACUAACUCCAUGCACUCCAGGGCAGACCGAGUACACUCACUGCCGUCAAAUCUCAACCAGUACCGGAACCAGACCAACUCAAUCAGCCAAUCACAGGCCUCGUCUUUGAGCACCUCGGCCCAACAACCAAUCAAGCGCAUUCUCUCAUGGGAGUCGGGGUCUCGGAGGAGGGACCUUCCUGAUUUCGAUGUGGAGGGAAGCGAGGCCAGGUUCAAACAGCGCCCUCUUAGUCUUGACGUGACCAAUAACUAUGACGGGAGUGCAACAGACUGCUUGCCUCCGCAGGAGAUGCAAGUGUCUCCACGGGAGGGAGAAGACGAGGUGGACUUGGUUCAGAAGAAAGCUUUGGUGACGUCAGUUGAGACGGCAGUUGAGCAUAUCCUCAGUCACUUUUCUCAGUCCAAGGCGAGAAGUGUCAAAGAAAAGGGUCAGCUUGGUAGCACAGCGCAUAGUCCAGAUGUUGGUCAUCUGAUGCUUCACUACCUAUGUCCAGCCAUUAGGGCCAUACUGCUGGACGGACUACGGCCGCACAUGUCCAGCUUCUUUGUGGGUCGCUUCAAGACGACAAUAUGGAAUGCUGUAGAGGCCACCACUCAACUCGGUCCAGGCACGCGUCCGUUGUACGAGAUGGUGAGGCAGUUGACCCAGCUGGCAUUUCUCAAGACCUCCGACCUCAAGUUCAACGCCUUCGUCAUGGGACUUCUCAACAUUCGGUGUCUUGAGUUGUGGUUGGAGCAUAUCAGAGAGCAUCCAGAUAUCGUCCGGCGUCUGUAUGAACCGAACGCUUUCCUGAGUCUAUGCAACGGUGCCACUAAGACGUUCUUCAACAGCCUCUUGCUCGCUGUUCAGCCACUCACGCUUCUCCCCUUUGAUCUGGACUACAAGUUUGAACACCAGGGUAUAGAGAAACAGCAGAUCCAACAGAGGGAGAAGCAACAACUGAUGGAAUUGUACUCUGGAAAGGCAAGCAGUAGCAGUAGCAGCAGCACACUCAUGACAAGGAGCCAUGCACCACAGGGUGGAAGUUGGCUGAAAGGAACAGCCAACUUGUUGUGGAAGAGCAUGACGGACAAACCUAAGACACAAGAGCCUACCUUGAGAGGGGCAAUGACCUCCAAAGAUCAGAGGUCAUUUGAGAGAACUAAAAAUAGUCGGUCCUCAGGACAGCCUGAUCCUGGGCUGUUGAAGACUGAUGAAAAUACCACCCCUACUCGAGGUGUGGAAUCAACCAAAGACUUAUCAAUGAACAAGGAGGCGGCCAACAACUGGUCCCUUGAUUGGAUCAAAGGAUUUGUGGCAGCCUCUACGGACGCAACCAGUUCUUACACGGGGGUGAGCAGUAGCAAAAUCAUGACAUCGUCAGGGUCUUCAUGGAGCAGAUUUGGCAGCAGUCUGUCUAAGGCCUUGGACCGCAUCAGUAACACCUCUACGUCUCAGAGUUCGACCCAGCCGAAUUCACCUAACAGAACACCGGAGAAAGAACCGACGGUUUCCCUGGUACGACAAGAUUCUUCAAGGAAGAUGGGAUCACCGGCGAGUCCUGUUAGUCCUGGGAGUCCAGUUAAAGCGCGGUGCCAUCAUGUGACCAUGUCCGAAGACGAACUCAGUUUCACCAAAGGCUCCAUCAUGACGGUGAAAGAACAGGUGGACCCUGAUUGGCUGAUGUGUUCACAGGGCGACCAAUCAGGACUCGUUCACAUCGACUAUGUCCAAGGAAUGGAGUAACCUCUUCACAAUGUCUUAGACUUUUUUUAUUUUUUUUAUUACCAAACGGAGUAUUGCAGACAUGCCAUUUUGUUAUUUUAGUUGUGUCAUAAAAAUAGCUAUCCUGUUCGUGUGACGUAACUUUACUGUAAGCCACACAAACUGGCUCCGCUUUUGUUAUUGUCUGAUGAAAGUAGUUGAUAGUCACCUGAUUUUUAUUUGACGGUUAAUGGGAGACUUUUGAGACGCUUGGUGGCAGCAGACUUACCAGGUAAAAUCCAUUGUUCUUGGUAAUGUGCGCA